CACGCAGCCACUCAUCUCAGGAGGUACAUGCAGGACCCCACAGCCCGAUCUGUAACUUGUAAGAUUGCUCCAAUGGCGAUUUACAUCCAGGAUUGUAUAGUCUGGCCAUGCCGGUGCCCUAAUUACUUAUCCCUUACGCUUUGAAUGCCGGGCGAUGAAAUUUCUCUUCAAGAUCGCCUCUUGUCUUUCUCCGUGAGCAUCGACAGCCAUCAUGAGCUACGCAUACGGUGAUCCGAGGUCGACGCGCAAUCACUUUAGAGAACCCCAGCACAUUGGGCAUGACAUUGUCGCUGGCGUGAGGAAGGCCGCGGACACGUGUGCGGCGAUAAUGUCGGAAGACUACCUACGACGACGGAGAGGCCGGCCAUACAGCGAGGAAGCCAAGCGGAAAGGAUGGUUCAGGCAGUUGUUCACAGUCGUGCUGCUCUUGCAGGUCCUGUGGAUAUGGGCACUCUACUACGGCGAAAGGUUGAUCUUUUCGAAAUCAAUAGAGGCCUGUGACUGGCACCACUGGGAAAGUUGGCCUCGAGGUGCCAAUCCUCAUCACGUUGCCUUCGUAGCAGACCCUCAACUCGUCGACCCUCACACGUACCCGGGCAGGCCAUGGCCCCUCUCUACCCUCACAGUCAAAUACACCGAUCUAUAUCUCAAGCGGGUGUAUAAGCUCAUGCAGGAGCGUCUGUACCCGGACACCACCAUCUUCCUAGGAGAUCUCUUCGAUGGAGGCCGAGAGUGGUCCGUCUCCGGUGGAGGCAGGUGGAACAACCCUGAGAAGAACUGGAAGGCCUACGGCGAGUCCUUCUGGUUAAAUGAAUACAACCGUUUUGGCAAGAUCUUUUUUGACACGUUCACAAAAGCCGGUGUUGCACCAAGGAAGGGUCAAAGGGAUAGGCGGCGAUUGAUUGCGAGUCUCCCAGGAAAUCACGAUCUAGGGUUUGGAAAUGGCGUCCACCUGCCCGUCAGAAAACGAUUCGAGGCUUAUUUUGGAGAGGGCAACAGAGUAGACAUCAUCGGGAACCACUCGUUCAUUUCGGUCGACGGCGUUUCGCUCAGCGCAAAAGAUCACCCCGACGAGAAGGAUGCUGAGCAGGUGUGGAAACCGACGGAGGAGUUUCUCAGCACCAUUCAGGACACAAGGAUGAAGGCCAUUGCGGAAGAUCUGAGAAAGCAGUUCGGCGUUUCAUUCAAAGGCCGGUACAAGCACGAAAUCUACGAGACACGAGAAUUGAAAAAAGCAUACCUUCCCGUCAACGAGGGUCUCGAUUCUUCCGGUUAUCCCGCCGUGCUUCUCAGUCAUGUACCUCUCUACAGAGAUCCGGACACGCCGUGCGGGCCGAAGCGUGAGCGCUACCCGCAGGGGAGAGAUGCACGCGGGAAACUUCUUGAGAAAGAUCCGCGAAACUCAAUCCUUGUGCAAGCGGGUUACCAGUAUCAGAAUGUACUCUCUGGCGAAAGAACGCUAGAGAUCACAAGCCAGAUCGGUGAUGUCCGAUACGCGUUUUCGGGAGACGACCACGACUACUGCGAAACGAAGCACAUGCGAUUUCCCUCCGGCGGUGGAGGCAUUCGUGAGAUCACCGUCAAAACAUUGUCUUGGGCCAUGGGUGUCAGAAGACCCGGCGUCCAGCUCGUCACACUUUGGAAUCCUGUGGAUGAGGAAGGUUUGUCGAUUGAAGGUCCAAUCGACAUUCCCACAUUGCAAUCGCAUCUUUGCUUGCUGCCAGACCAGCUGAGCAUCUUCAUCAAAUACGGUUUGCUCUUUCUUUUUACUGUGUCAGUCCUUCUCAUCAGAGCUGCACACAUGUCGCUAAACCCGUCAAAAUCUCCCUUUGGCGGUGCAGAAAGUCCCGUCCUCCCGACCAUCAAUGCACCUGAGUACGUGCCCGAGGCUGAGGAAGCACUCACAUCAUCCUCGGACGACGGUUCUGGCUCAGGGAGCCGCCAUGGCCGCCGGUCGCGCGCCGCGACACUCACAGGGCGCUCAGGAAGUCCUGCAAAGCCUUUGAGCGGAAUCUAUGGCUCGCCGUCCCCAGCAAAAGGAUACGGCGUGCCACUUAUACAACACGCGGGUUACUUCGGUCCGGCAGAGUUCGAAAAAGAGAAAAAGUCUUUGUCAUUUGUAGAUACGAGACCGAAGAAAGCAAAGCGUUUGAAGGGUCUCGCACUGUUAUAUGCGGAGUUUAAAUGGACGGUCUUGAGGGUUGCAUUUGUGGCGUUUCCUUGGUAUCUCUGGCUUUUAUGGUCGGAUGGCUGAACAUCUGUAAUCGUAUCUUUCCAUGUGUGCUCCUAAUGUGUAGUCAUUACUACUUGGUCUCUCUGUUC